CUUUGUUUGGCAAAAAAAACGAAUGGAGGCGGAGGCGCUGCUGGAGCGGAGGUCCGACAAUUUAGAAUUGAUCGGAGAGAGUGGCGACUACCGUGAAGCCAGAGGGGUGAAAACAUGGUGGAGAAUUUUCUGUUUGGAGACAGUGAAACUGUGGGCGAUAGGCGGCCCCAUAGCCUUUCAGAUUUUGUGUCAGUACGGGACCAACUUCGUCUCCACCAUCUUCGUCGGCCACCUUGGAGAUCUCCAGCUCUCCGCUUUCUCCAUUGCUAUCUCCGUCGUCGGUAACUUCGCUUUCGGCUUUCUGCUGGGAAUGGGAAGUGCACUUGAGACACUGUGUGGGCAGGCAUUUGGGGCCGGGCAAGUUCACAUGCUUGGUGUUUACAUGCAGCGAUCCGCAAUUAUCCUCUUCGCAACUUGCAUUCUCCUCGCGCCCCUCUACAUAUUUGCUACUCCUAUUCUUAUGCUGUUGGGACAGCCUGAGCAAAUCGCCAAACCUGCUGGCUUUUUCACUAUGCUAACCAUCCCUCAAAUGUUUGCACUGGCAGUCAUAUUUCCGACGCAGAAGUUUCUCCAAGCCCAAAGCAAAGUCAACGUCAUCGCUUGGAUUUCAGCCAUUACUCUUGUGGGGCAUGUGGUGUGGUGCUGGCUCUUCAUCGUUGUACUCGGGUGGGGAACACCCGGUGCAGCUCUUGCGUAUGAUGUUUCUAGCUGGUUGAUUGCCAUCUCCCAGUUUAUUUAUGUGGUAGGUUUCUGCAAGGAUGGCUGGAAGGGCUUCUCCUGCGAUGCAGUUAGGGAGAUUUGGGCGUUUGUCAGGCUGUCGCUCGCCUCUGCUGUCAUGCUAUGCCUUGAGGUUUGGUAUAUAAUGUGCAUCAUAGUUCUAGCCGGUGGCCUUGACGACGCAGUCACUUCAGUCGGUGCCCUCUCUAUUUGCAUGAACGUCAAUGGCUUGGAAUUAAUGGUGUUUAUCGGAGUGAAUGCUGCCAUAAGUGUUCGGGUUUCGAACGAGCUUGGGCUAGGACGGGCGAGGGCAGCCAAGUACUCUGUUUACGUGACUCUGUUCCAGUCACUUGUGAUUGGGAUUGUGUGCAUGAUUGCCAUCCUCGCCACGAGGAAUCAUUUUGCAGUUAUAUAUACGGAUAGUCUGGUAAUGCAACGGGCGGUGGCUCGGCUUUCAGGGCUUCUGAGUAUCACGGUGCUUCUGAACAGCAUCCAGCCAGUGAUAUCAGGCGUAGCCAUAGGAGGAGGGUGGCAAGGAGUGGUAGCAUACGUCAACCUGGCUUGCUACUACGUUAUUGGCCUGCCUUUGGGAUACCUUCUUGGUUAUGUGGCUGAUUUGGGAGUCAUGGGGCUUUGGGGAGGCAUAAUUGUUGGAAUUGGAUUGCAGACACUGGUGCUCAUGCUUCUAAUUUAUAGAACCAAUUGGGACAAGGAGGUGGAGCAGGCGUCAGAGAGGAUGAGGAAGUGGGGAGGCCAAGACAUCGACGUCACCAUGAAACCAUCGACUAACCAUUUUUAGAGAACGCUGAAUCCAUUCACACAUCGUACUAAAACAUGUUCAAUUUUUUAAAUGAUAUUGAUAUUAAAAAAAAUUGAUAUGCUUUAUGUUGUAAACCAGUAGUAACGUGUUUUGUAUUGUAAGUGGAGAUGGUUAGCCCAUUGUUUCAUUGUGAUAUUCUAAAACUUACA